UCAAGAUCCUAAGAAAUCCGAGAAGCAGAAGAUAAAUCACCAUUCCAAACUAGGUAAUAUAAAUAAGAACAAAAAAAGUGAAAAUGAGGAGAUAUUGUCGGGAAAUAAAAAGAAAUCAAAUUUAUCGUCAGAUAAUUCCAACAUCGGAUGUGCGGGAACACGUGGAAAAAUUCGAAUACAAUCAACGAAUGUUCGUGUGUCAGGGAACUCAGACCGAACGAAAAAGAAAUAACAAUCUUACAACGAAAGAAAGAAAUUUUAAAUACGACGUUUUUGGGAAAAUAUUGAAACGUUUAGGUUAUUGCAUUUUGGACGAUCAAACUAUAUCAUUUAUUGAUCGUUACUCGAAUGAUAAAACAACAUAUAGUGCUCUACGUAAAGUGAAGAGGUCGCCUUUUAUCGUUAACGAAGUAUCGAAGACCGACGAAAUUCUUCCUUCCAUUAAUAAUGUAAUUAUUUGUAAAGAUUUUCCAACGAAUGAUGUUGGUGGUUCAAACUUGGACGAUAAUAUGUUUACCAUUUGUAAGAUUAUCAAAAAAUUCAAUGGGAUUGAUAAAUUAUCGAAGAUCUUUAAUAUGUCCUUGAAGGAAAAAGGUUUCUCUGAAAUCUUACGACGUAACAGUCGAUUAACUAAAACAGGAGAUAAUUUAAACGAUCAACUGUACUUAACUCUCGAUAGGAAUUUACGAUUGGAAUCGCUCGAGGCGAUUGAAACGAAAUCGUCUCGUAAGAAGAGACAUCCUUUUAAAUUUCUUCGUAAAAUUUGUAUCUGUAUAAAUAUCUGAAGAAAAUGAUAUUUCGAAGUGUGCGAUUGAUUUGCUGAUUGAUUAAAAAAAAAAAAACAAAAUAAGUAGAUAAAAAUCAAUCAAAAUUUUUGGAGCCGGUUGAUAAGUUUGAAAGCGCCAUCUAAAAAGGCGAUGACCGUGCGAACUACAAGAGGAUAUUCCCCCCUGAUGAUAGGCUAUAUUGAUGCACCCGUGUACGUAUGGAAAACUUGUAUGCAUAAUUGCAUACAGGUAUAUGCAAUGCUUUGUUACAAAAAGUAUAUAUUUAUUUCAUCCUGAGAAAUGUGUUUUUUAUAGAAAAAUAAUUAAAACUCUUGUAUAAAAUUGAUCAAAUUGAAACAAAGCGUGUCGUCGAUAAAUUCUUUGAAAAAAUUCAUAACGUUGUCUGUAAAAAGAAAAAUAAAAAGCAAAAGAAAGAAAAGAAAAAAAAAAAAAGAAAGAAAGAAAAUAAUUUAAGAAAAAGAUCGAAAUAUGAAUCGAGAAAAUGAACGGAUUGAUUAAUUCAAUUUCAAUUUCUUUUAGGUAGGCAUUAGAUUGAAAUUGAAUAUAGAAAUUGAAAUGAAGAGGAUAUAGUUGAAUGCACUGGAAUAGCGCGAAUAAACGAUCGAGACGAGAAGUUAGAGGUUCGAAUCCAGCGUCGUUAUCCCCUCCGUUCGUUCAGACCCUCUCGUUUUGCAGUCAACGACUCCACGGAUGGUGGUGCUGCACUUGCGUGCACACUCGUGGAUCGAGGACUACGACGGCGUUGUGCAUACAGAGACGCAAUAGAAAGGUGCAAGCUAUUUCUCAGAGUCCAUAGAACGACAUAAAGGCGAGCUGAUGUACGACGAUCGAUCGAUAAGUCGAAUUUAGAAGAGAUUACGUAACAACGUUAGAAUUUACAGAACCAAUUCGCCGAUCGACUUUUAGCUUACGAAUGCAUUUAAUUUAAAAUUCCGCAUAAAGCUUUACAAUUUAACUGAUUUACCUGAUAAUAAUAAUAAGACACUAGUUGCUACUCCAUAACACUAGGGAGUUAUUGGUAAUGUAGCAAGAUCAGACAUAUACAGGUACACGGGCAUACACUUGUUAAGAGGAUCGUUAUACAAAAAGAAGAAAGAAAAAUAAUGGAGACUGGCUAGGGACCAACUAAAGACCGCGUAGUACUUAUCCGUAUACUUAGCAAGAUCGUUUUCUUUCAACACUCAGCCUCGAUUCUUUAUAUCCUGUCCUCCUUCAUCCGGUCAAUCUCCAUUUCAGGAAGAAGACGCCUCAGAAGUAUUACCUCUUUUGAAAAAAUAUCGAUAGAAAUAGCGAUGGUCGUUUAAAAUGGGGGAUAAAAAAAAAAAAAAAUAAAGGAAGAAAAAAGAAAAAAAAAAAGAAAAAAAAAAAGAAAAAAAAAGAUCAGAAAGGAAUUUCAAUCCCCUUUUACCUACGACAUACAUACUUACAUACUUUUCUCUCGUCAUCCUGUUUUCCUCUUUCCUCUCGUUACCUUUUGUCUCCUUGUCGGUCUUCUUCCUACGUAUAUCCUCCCCACCCUGAUAUAUCCCACGAUCCCUCUCUGUCUCUGGCACUUCCUGUGUUCCGCCACGUUCACCUGUCCGCCGGCACACCGUCACCACAUCGCUACCACACCACCUGCCUUCGUAAAAGCACCUAGGUGCAAGGCACAAGGCGAACGUAGCUAAGCUAUGUCCUAGGGAGUAGAGACUUUAGUUUCGUGGUAUAUCAGUUCUCGUAUCGCCUACCAACAACAAGUGUGUGACUCUCCUUGUGUGCAACAGAGGCUUAACUUAUUCUACACCUCUCUAUCUCUCUGGAAACUCAACGCAGUCAAUGUUAAGCUACCGUUGACUUCGGUCACUCAUCGCGAGUUUUCCCUUUCGUCGAAGAUAACUACUCGUACUAUUCAAAGACCAAUCAUAUAUAUUUUGGUAAUAUCUCAUCUCUCUCUCUCUCUCACUCACUCGCUUUCUUUACUUCUAAAUAUAUUCGGGCACAUGCAAUCGUGAAUACCAAACGUGCUUUUAUUGGCUUAAACCACUUGUUGCGCCUCUCGAGAGCCUCGGUACAUAUACAUACUUUGUGUUGCUUUCCUGACGUUCGAUAACAGUAAGGUUGUGAUCCAACGACAAUUUUCCUCGACAAGUGGAAUUGGAGAACGUUGGAUUUAUUAUCAAACGAGAUAUUUAUCAUUCAACUUUUCUGUGUUUCCUCACAACGAAAAUCAUAGACUCGCUUUAGGAUGACAUCCGAUUAUCUUGUUCGAAUUUCCACGACUUGGAAGCUGAAAAGGCAAUAAUGGGAUCCAUUGUUUACUGUAUACAUCACAAAGAUGGUUGCAAAUGGUCGGAUGAAUUAAGAAAAUUAAAGGCUCACUUGAAUACCUGCAAACACGAUGCAGUUCCAUGCAGUAAUAAAUGUGGUGCAAUGAUACCGCGUGUAUUGAUGGAGGACCACUUGAAAUAUACUUGCGCCCAACGGAGGGCACGCUGCGAUUUUUGUGCCAAAGAAUUUACCGGCCACACCCUCGAGAAACACACAGGUACAUGCGGAUACGAGCCGUUGUACUGUGAGAACAAAUGUGGAAUGAAAGUUCAAAGAAGACACUUAGGCCAGCACAAGUUGGGUGAAUGCGCCAAGAGAUUGGUUGCUUGUCGUUACUGCAACAAGGAGUUUGUCUAUGAUACGCUUGGUGCUCACCACGCAAAGUGCGGCCGUUUCCCAGUAGCCUGUCCUCAUCGUUGUGAGACCGCAGUUUUGCCGAGAGAAGAUCUCGAAGUUCACCUUAAAGAUCAUUGCACGACUCAUUUGCUCUCGUGCACGUUUAAGGAUGCCGGCUGUCGCUUUAAGGGUAACAGAUUUUCUUUGGAUAAACAUCUAGAGGAAUCAGCGAAAAUGCAUCUCAGUCUAAUGUGCAGCGUGGUGACGAAGCAGCAGCAUCAGAUAACGAGUCUAAAGUCUGCGAUCAGUAAACUUUCGUUGAAUUUUACUGGCACUCUUAUAUGGAAAAUCACGGAUUAUACAGCUAAGAUGUCCGAGGCAAGGGCCAAGGAAGGAAUGGAACUCGUCAGUCCACCCUUUUACACUAGUCAAUACGGAUAUAAGCUGCAGGCUUCGGUUUUCUUAAAUGGAAACGGAACCGGCGAAGGCAGCCACAUUUCUAUAUACAUAAAAAUUCUACCUGGGGAAUACGAUGCUCUAUUGCGAUGGCCAUUUUCUCAUAGCGUGUCUUUCACCAUGUUCGAUCAAACGGUCGUAGCAGAAAAAGCUUGCAAUAUCGUUGAAAGUUUUAUACCAGAUCCUACUUGGAAAAAUUUUCAAAGGCCCAGUCGUGAACCAGAUUCACUUGGUUUCGGAUUUCCACGAUUUGUCUCACACGAAAUGGUUAAAAAACGACAUUUCGUAAAGGACGACACAAUGUUUAUCCGAGUUAAAGUAGACCCUAGUAAAAUUGUCGCUGUUUAAUUAAGUAUAAUAUCAUCGAGGAUUACCGAAGAAAAUGUCUUUGAUAUUACAAUCGAGAUCGUUUUCUUUUUAAUACAUAAUAGUGUGCUCGAAUAUCGCAUAUGUGUGCUUUACAAGAGAACAUUUUUUAAAUAUUGUUAUAUUCAUUCGUUGACAAAUUGUUAAAUGAUUUAAAUGAAAUCGAGCGAUAUUCGUGAAGAGAAAUUUUUGACAAAUAUUAUUCGUUGAUAUUUGAUCCCUAUUAUUUUGUGAUAAUGGUACUUCAGAGAUAGAAAAUAUGGUACUUAUAGCAGAGACUGCUAAAGAAUUUAUUAAUUGUCCCAGUUAUUAUUAUGCUAUAGAAUAUAGUUGCAAUUUUUACUUUUUUCUUUAUUUUUUUUUUUUUUUUAAAUAUAUACAUAUAAAU